GGGAUGAGGUUGGAUGUGGACGCGUUGCUAAAUGCUUUGAGAUUUACUGUUUAGAGCUGGGAUUUGGGAGCUUUCAUUUGUGUCUCACGGAUUACGUUCAGACGGAAGCUUUUUAAGGGCGGACCAGAAACGGGUACCUUAUGGGAAGCAAAGUCUUACUUUGCAUAAUCAUCCACAGCACCGAACGGCGAUACAUUCGAAAAGGGAAGCCCCAUUACAACAGGCUACAUAACACCCGCCUAUCAUGAACAUAACACCCUUCCGGUGGAAAUCCGACCGCCCGCAGGAAGUGCAAGCCGCCGUUCGGCAGUCCCUAGCCGAAGCCCGGCGCGGCGCGCAAAAUCUCUGGCGACGGCCUCUGCCCACCCCUCCCUCGGGAACGGAAACCACCACCGCGGCACGCCAGUCCCAAAACGACGCAAACACAGGAGCACAGAGCCCGUAUGACCGCGCCCGCACCCUCGAGCUCAAUUUCGCGCCUGGUGGGGAUGACGCCGCCGUUGAGCCAGCAGCAGGGGCUGCAACCGGUCAGGCCAAACGACUCCGUGAGCGCUCCGGCUUCCCCAUGGCGCGGAGCUACGAGAACAUCCAUGAGCUGAUUUCCGGAAAAAAGAAAAGAGGACGCAAGGCGUUGCCUGCCACCCCUGGGCGACAGGCGAGCGACGCGGAUAUGGAGGCUGGGCAGGCGGAUGAGAAGACUAGCGAUGAAGGGGAGGAAGGGGGCGGGAAUGAGGCGCGACCAUCACCACAACGGCAACGCCCGACGCCGUUGCAGAGGAAUAGAUCGGAUAUGAGUAUGCAUAACCAAGCACCGGCGGUUCCGCCGAAGAAACCGGGCUUGCAUCGAAGUACGAGUAUCAAGAUUGAUACGCCGGCGCGGGACAGGGUUCCGAUGGGGCCGGCGGUUCCACCGACGGGGCCGCCCGCGCAACGACUGGCGAUCGAAACCAACAUGGGCGCGCCAACUACCACCGCCUCGCCCAACAGCGGUCGCCGGCUCCAACGUCGUCGGUCGGUGAUGGUUCGCCCCAACCGCGCUCCGGGCGGAGGUGUCCCCGGCGAGGAAGCGGUGGCAGGUGGGCGCACGCCGAAAAUGACCUCGGUGCUCAAAACCCAAGCGACGGACAUGGACGUCUGGGGCAAGUUCACGCGCCUCGCCACCUGCUGCAUCCCGGCGGGUCUGCUCUCCCGGUUCGGCGAUAUGCAUGAACCGGCCGUGCAGCAGGCGUGGCGGGAGAAGAUGACGCUGGUGAUGAUCAUCGCAUGCAUGUGCGGCGCGCUCGGGUUCCUCACCUACGGGUUCGUCACGACCGUGUGCAAGCCCGCCAACCGGAUGUCCUUCGACACGUUCAAUGCCUCGACGCACGAUACCAUGCCCAACACCUUCGGCGUGCACGGCGUCGUAUACAGUCUCGCGAAAUUACAGGACAUCCACGCAAACUAUCCCGGAUUCAUGGCGGGGACCUACCAGGUCGGCGCCGUGCCCGGCCAGGUGAGCCCGUUAACCGACACCGGGGUGGACAUCACGCCCUAUUUCUGGCCCGGGAGCAUCGCCGCCCUGCCCCCGGCGUGCAUGGAGAUGUAUCUGGGCACCACGACGCCCGCGUGUGGGAUCGCGCGCUACCCCGCCGCGCUGGACCACUGCCACGACCCGGCGGUAUUGGAAGCGUAUGUUGCAGCCAACCCGGGUGUGCGCGGGCAGCCGAUCGAGUACCGCUGGGACACGGUCAACUCGCCCAACUCGACGCUGAUGGUGUAUCGCGGCGAGGUGCUGGAUAUGAGCCGGUACAUUGCGACGUCGGCGAACUUCACCCUGCCGAUCUUUGGCAACCUGACCAACGAGAUCAUCUCGCUGCAUCUGGGCAAAGACGCGUCAAAGGCGUUCGCGGGCUCCCCCGCCAGGCUGCAGAUGGGAGAGUGUCUUACGGCCAUGUACACGGUCGGCGAGAUCGAGGGCAAGACGUUCGGGUGCAUCACGUCCGACAUCGUUCUGUACGUGUCGCUGAUCAUGAUUCUCGGCGUCGUGCUGCUGCGGUUCAGCAUGGCGGUGAUGUUCGACUGGCUGGUGGCGUGGAAAUUGGGACGGUUGCAGCAGGACCACGCCGCACUGACGCAGGCGGCGGCGUUGAGGAGGAUGACGCUUGAUCAGGGGAUCGUGCCUUUUCCGAUGCGGGGGAAGCUGGAUAUGGGCACGGGAGGGGUGAGUCGGCGGGCGUCGACGGUGAUGGUCGAUGUGGCGCGGUCGAAUGAGGAUAUCAGUAAGAGUAACGUUAUUGGGCAGCCGACGGUCGUGAGGGCGGAUGGGGCUGCCGGCUCACCGCGUGGUGGGGGCUCGCCGUUGGAUAAAGCGAAGGAUCUCGUCCGCAGCGUGCUUGGCCGCCCGCCUGCACCGACGGUAGUCCACCCGCUGCCCGUGGGCCCCACCUCCACGCCGUCGCUCAACGAAGACCAGGUGGAUGUGCUCCGCUGCCAAUCCCCGUACGGCCUCGAGGUCUACACGAUCAUGAUGGUCGCCGCGUACUCCGAAGGCGCAGAGGGGAUUCGCAACACCAUGGACUCGCUGGCGGAAACGACCUACUCGGACGACCACAAGCUCAUCUUCAUCGUCGCGGACGGGCUCAUCAAAGGCGCGGGCAACACGCAAUCCACGCCGGAGAUCAUCAUCGACAUGCUGGAGAUGGACGCCAACUGGCCGAUGCCGCCGGCGCCCAUGUCGUACGUCGCCAUCUCGGAGGGCGAGAAGCGGCACAACAUGGCGCAGGUGUACGUAGCGUGGUACCGUCGCGGCGAGCGGUGCAUCCCGACCAUCCUGGUCGUCAAAUGCGGCAAGCCCGAGGAAUCCACCACGCCCAAACCAGGCAACCGAGGCAAACGCGACUCGCAGAUCGUGCUCAUGUCCUUCCUGCAGAAAGUCACCUUCGACGACCCCAUGACGCCCCUCGACUACGACCUGUUCCAGAAGAUCCAUUACCUGAUGGGCGUCACCCCCGACGUGUUCGAGAUCGUCCUCAUGGUCGACGCCGACACCAAAGUCGCCCCGGACUCCCUCCCCCGCAUGGUCGCCGCGAUGGUCUCGGACCCCGAGGUGAUGGGCCUCUGCGGCGAGACGCGCAUCGCCAACAAAUCCGAAACCUGGGUCUCGCGCAUCCAGGUGUUCGAAUACUACCUCUCGCACCACCUCGCCAAGGCCUUCGAGUCCGUGUUCGGGGGCGUCACGUGUCUCCCCGGGUGCUUCUGCAUGUACAGGAUCAAGGCGCCCAAGGGCAACGGCGUGUGGGUGCCGAUCCUCUGCAACCCGGACAUCGUCGACACGUACUCGGAGAACCGCGUCGACACGCUGCAUAAGAAGAACCUGCUGCUGCUGGGCGAGGACCGGUUCCUGACGACGUUGAUGCUCGGCACGUUCCCGCACCGCAAGCAGAUCUUUGUGCCGCGCGCGUACUGCAAGACGGUCGUCCCCGCCGAGUUCAAGGUGCUGCUGUCGCAGCGCAGACGCUGGAUCAACUCCACCAUCCAUAAUCUGAUGGAGCUGGUGCUGGUCAGGGAACUCUGUGGCGUGUUCUGCUUCUCGAUGCAGUUUGUCAUCCUGCUGGAACUCGUCGGCACCGUCGUGUUGCCUGCCGCUAUCAUCUUCACUUUCCUCCUAAUCAUAAUGACCUUCGUCGGCCCGGAAAUCCCCGUGAUCCCCCUGAUCCUCCUCGGGGCGAUCCUGGGGCUGCCCGCGAUCCUCAUCCUGCUGACGACGCGGCGCCGCAUGUACAUCUACUGGAUGCUGAUCUACCUGCUUGCGUUGCCCGUGUGGAAUCUGGUGCUGCCCUCGUAUGCGUUUUGGCAUUUCGACGACUUCUCCUGGGGCCAAACGCGCAAAGUGGCCGGCGAGGCCAAGGGCGGCGACAAGACGGGGCACGGGGGCAACGCGGCCGAAACCGACGGGGCGACGGAGGUUCCGCGGCGGCGGUGGGUGGACUGGGAGACGGAGCGGCGGCGGGCGAUGGUUGCAGAGUACGAGCUUGAUCGGCGGGAUCGGGCGCUUGGUGGGGGCAGGGAUGUGGAGGUGGCGAGCAAUGUCAGUGGGAGUAGUACGGCUGUGAAUGCUAGAGACGGUGAGGGCGGGAAGGGGGGGAGGUAGCACGCACGUCGGAGCCCUGACAUUACGGUUAUGCAGCACAACCCGUUGGAUGGGGAAUUGGGGGACUGUUUUAUACAUAUAUGGUUCUUUCGACCUCUUUUUUUUCGCUCAUGUUUUCGUAA